GCGCUCCGUUUACACGCUCCGGGGCCUGUAGGCGCCGCGAGUUCCGGCUGUCGCCGCUGCCACCGCAGCUCCUGAAGGUCGGUUGCGAGGAGUAACGGCGCCGGGACGAGCCCUGCGCCUUCUUCUCCGAUAUGUACCCGAAUUGGGGCCGGUAUGGCGGGAGCAGCCACUAUCCACCGCCGCCGGUCCCGCCGCCGCCGGUGGCGCUUCCUGAGGCCUCGCCGGGGCCCGGGUACUCGAGCUCGACGACUCCUUCGGCCCCCUCCUCUUCUGGCUUCAUGAGCUUCCGCGAGCAGCACCUGGCGCAGCUCCAGCAGCUGCAGCAGAUGCACCAGAAGCAAAUGCAGUGCGUGCUCCAGCCCCACCACCUCCCCCCGCCCCCCCUGCCACCCCCGCCGGUGAUGCCGGGGGGCGGCUAUGGGGACUGGCAGCCGCCGCCGCCGCCGAUGCCUCCGCCGCCUGGGCCGGCCCUCAGCUAUCAGAAGCAGCAGCAGUACAAACAUCAGAUGCUUCACCAUCAACGAGACGGGCCUCCUGGUUUGGUUCCCAUGGAGCUGGAUUCCCCUCCUGAAUCUCCGCCUGUGCCGCCAGGAUCCUACAUGCCUCCGUCUCAAUCUUACAUGCCCCCACCUCAACCGCCACCCUCGUACUAUCCCCCGUCCUCGUCCCAGCCCUACCCGCCUCCCGCUCAGCCGUCCCCUUCGCAGUCGCCACCGUCCCAAUCAUACCUGGCUCCCACCUCAUCUUACUCUUCCUCCUCCUCCUCCUCGCAAUCCUAUUUGAGCCAUUCCCAGCCCUACUUGCCCCCUUCUCAGGCAUCUCCUUCCCGCCCCUCCCAGAGCCAUCCCAAAUCCCAACUGCUAGCUCCACCACCACCGUCUGGCCCUUCUGGGAGUAAGACAACAGUUCAGCAAGAGCCUUUGGAGAGUGGAACCAAGAACAAGAGUGCUGAACAGCAGCAAGCCGCCCCUGAGCCAGAUCCCUCUACGAUGACUCCACAGGAACAGCAGCAGUAUUGGUACCGACAGCACCUGCUUAGUUUGCAGCAGAGGACAAAAGUGAAUCUGCCUGGACACAAAAAGGGUCCUGUGGUAGCAAAGGAUACACCAGAGCCAGUGGUAAAAGAAGAAGUCACUGUACCUGUCACUAGUCAAGUAGCAGAACCCCCUCCAUCGGAGGAGCCUCCAUUACCCCCCUCUAAUGAGGAGGAGCCACCUCCCCUCCCACCUGAGGAACCCCAGUCUGAGGACCCAGAAGAAGAUGCCAGGUUAAAACAGUUGCAGGCUGCAGCAGCACACUGGCAGCAGCACCAGCAGCAUCGAGUCGGCUUCCAGUACCAGGGGAUAAUGCAGAAGCACACGCAGUUACAGCAGAUCCUGCGACAGUAUCAGCAGCUGGUGCAGCAGCCGCCGCACGUGCAGACCAUGUCUGUAGAUAUGCAGUUGCGGCACUAUGAAAUGCAGCAGCAGCAGUUUCAACAUCUCUACCAGGAAUGGGAGCGAGAGUUUCAGCUAUGGGAGGAACAACUCCAUUCCUAUCCUCAUAAAGAUCAGCUUCAGGAGUAUGAGAAACAGUGGAAAACAUGGCAGGGACACAUGAAAGCCUCUCAGACCUAUCUCCAGGACAAAGUCAAUUAUUUGCAAAACCUGAAGAAUCAGUACAUGGGGAACAUGUCAAUGCCACCUCCUUUUGUUCCAUAUUCUCAGAUGCCUCCACCUCUACCAACAAUGCCACCCCCGGUACUGCCUCCAUCAUUACCACCUCCAGUAAUGCCCCCAGCCCUACCUGCUACGGUGCCACCACCUGGCAUGCCCCCACCUGUGAUGCCGCCUUCUCUACCAACCUCUGUGCCCCCACCAGGGAUGCCUCCAUCUCUUUCUUCAACAGGGCCACCACCAGUUCUUCCCCCACCUUCCCUCUCUUCUGCAGGGCCACCACCAGUUCUUCCCCCACCAUCUCUCUCUUCAACAGCACCUCCACCUGUUAUGCCCCUCCCACCAUUGUCUUCGGCCACACCCCCUCCAGGAAUACCUCCCCCUGGAGUUCCACAGGGGAUACCUCCUCAGUUAACGACAGCCCCAGUUCCACCAGCUUCCAGUUCUCAGAGCUCACAAGUUUCAGAGAAACCUAGACCAGCACUGCUUCCCACUCCUGUGUCUUUUGGUUCAGCCCCACCCUCAACUUACCAUCCUCCAAUGCAGUCAGCUAUUGGCCCAUCAGAACAAGUGAAUUCUAAAGCUCCUCUGAAUAAGUCUACUCCAUCAUACAGCUCGUUCUCUUCUGAACAAGGACUUGGGGAAUCUUCAGCUGCAGUCAAGGACAUGCCAGUGAGGUCAGGUGGACUGCUUCCAGAUCCUCCUAGAAGCAGUUACUUGGAAGGUCCAAGAGGCCCAAGAUUUGAUGGUCCUCGAAGAUUUGAGGAUUUAGGGUCAAGGUGUGAAGGACCGAGACCCAAAGGGCCUCGUUUUGAAGGAAACCGCCCCGAUGGGCCAAGACCCAGAUAUGAAGGUCACCCAACAGAGGGCACUAAAAGCAAAUGGGGAAUGAUUCCCCGGGGGCCAGCAUCUCAGUUUUAUAUCACCCCCAGUACAUCUCUAAGUCCUCGACAGAGUGGACCACAGUGGCAGAGCUCCAAACCAGCCUUUGGACAGCAACAUCAGCAGCAGCCUCCUAAGUCACAAGCGGAACCUCUUUCAGGAAACAAAGAACCAUUAGCAGAUACCAGUAGUAACCAGCAGAAGAAUUUUAAAAGGCAAUCAGCUGUGUAUUCCAUUGCUGCAGAUGUAAAGGAUGCCAAGGCGGCUCAGUCAAGUGAGAAUCUAAGCGACUCUCAACAAGAGCCACCUAAAAGCGAAGUCUCGGAAGGGCCCACAGAGCCUGCUAACUGGGACCAGAAUUCUCAAAGUAUGGAGACCCAAAUGGACAAAGCCCAAGCUGUUACUCAGCCUGUACCCCUUGCAAAUAAACCUGUACCUUCUCAAUCUACUUUUCCUUCAACAACAGGGGGGAUGGAGGGAGGAGGAGCAGCAGUAGCAGCAUCGUCAUCCUUAACUACAGAUAAUGAUUUUAAAUCUAUGGGUAUUGGUCUGUCCCAUUCAGAAAACAACCAAGAUAAAGGGCUGCCUCGGCCAGAUAACAGAGAUAAUAGGUUAGAAGGCAGUCGAGGCAGCAGUUCAUCUUACAGAGGUCCUGGGCAAAGCAGAAUGGAAGACACACGGGACAAAGGACUGGUAAAUAGAGGUCGAGGCCAGGCAAUCAGCAGGGGCCCAGGGUUGGUCAAGCAAGAAGAUAUUCAUGAUAAGAUGAUGGGUAGAAGAGAAGACAGUCGAGAGAAGAUGAACAGAGGAGAAGGCAGCCGGGACAGAGGGUUGGUGAGGCCAGGAAGCAUUCGGGAGAAAAUGCCAGGUGGUCUGCAAGGCAGCCAGGACAGGGGUAGAGGUGGCAGCCGAGAAAGGGGGCCACCUCGGGGGGCCAGCAGUCAGGAGAGAGGACCCCCUCGAAGGGCUGGGAGUAGGGAGAGAAUACCACCCCGAAGAGCUGGGAGCCGGGAGAGGGGACCACCUCGAGGGCCUGGCAGCCGGGAAAGGGGACUGGGAAGACCAGAUUUUGGUCGUGAUAGAGGUCCAUUCAGACCAGAACCAGGAGAUGGUGGGGAGAAAAUGCAUCCAUAUCACCGAGAUGAGCCUCUUAGGGCUCCAUGGAACCAUGGAGAAGAGAGAGGGCGUGAAGAUUUCCCACUAGAUGGUAGAAAUGCUCCAAUGGAACGAGAAAGGCUUGAUGAUUGGGAUAGAGAUAGAUACUGGAGAGAGUGUGAACAUGAGUAUCAGGAUGAUACAAUGGAUCCAUAUAACAGAGAGGACAGGUUUUCAGCACCACCACCUCGGUCUCAUGAUGGAGAUAGGCGAGGCCCUUGGUGGGAUGAUUGGGAAAGGGAUCAGGAUAUGGAUGAGGACUACAAUAGGGAAAUGGACAGGGACUUGGACAGAGAUGUGGAUCAGAUUGGAAGACCCAUGGAUAUGUAUGAUAGAAAUUUGGAUAAUGAAUGGGACAGAGAUUAUGGGAGACCACUGGAUGAACAAGAAUCACAGUUUCAUGAAAGGGAUAUUCCACCUAUUCCAUCUUUACCAACCCUUCCACCUCUUCCACCAUUGGAUAGAUAUCGGGAUGAUAGAUGGAGAGAAGAAAGAAAUCGAGACCAUGGUUAUGAUCGAGAUUUCCGUGAUAGGGGUGAGUUGAGGAUUCGAGAGUAUCCAGAAAGAGGAGAUACAUGGCGGGAAAAGCGAGAUUAUGUUCCUGACAGAAUGGACUGGGAAAGAGAACGGUUGUCAGACAGAUGGUACCCAUCUGAUGUGGAUAGACAUUCCCCCAUGGCGGAACAUAUGCCCUCCUCACAUCAUUCCUCUGAAAUGAUGGGGUCGGAUACAAACUUAGACUCUGACCAAGGCCUUGGAGGGGUAAUGGUUCUCAGUCAGAGGCAGCACGAAAUCAUUUUGAAGGCUGCACAAGAACUGAAAAUGCUUCGGGAACAGAAAGAACAGCUUCAAAAGAUGAAAGACUUUGGGUCUGAGCCACAGAUGCCUGACCAUCCACCACCCCAGGAAUCAUCGAGAUUACAGAAUACAGCUUCAAGACCUGGGAUGUAUCCGCCUCCAGGGCCCUACAGACCGCCCCCUCCUAUGGGUAAACCACUAGGUUCAAUUGUAAGACCCUCUGCUCCACCCGCAAGAGCAUCUGUUCCUGUGUGCAGGGCACCUGUCCCAAUACCGCCACCACCACCUCCUCCGCCUCCACCUCCUCCUCCUCCAGUGAUAAAGUCACAAACUUCUGGUGUGGAACAGGAGCGCUGGGAUGAAGAUUCUUUCUAUGGACUCUGGGAUACAAAUGAUGAUCAAGGACUGAAUUCGGAAUUUAAGUCAGAAAAUGCAGCAAUUCCAUCUGGUCCGGUGUUACCACUCCCACCUGUUCACCCUUCCAUUCCUCCUCCUGGCCCAAUGCCUUUGGGUAUGCCACCUAUGUCCAAGCCCCCACCAGUGCAGCAGACUGUUGAUUAUGGCCAUGGCCGAGAUAUAUCCACUAAUAAAGUUGAACAGAUACCCUACGGAGAAAGAAUAACUCUGCGCCCAGAUCCAAUACCUGAAAGAUCAACUUUUGAAACAGAGCAUACAUGCCAGCGUGAUCGUUAUGAUAGAGACAGAGACCGUGAGCCGUAUUUUGAUCGUCAAAGUAAUGUCAUGACAGAUCAUCGAGAUUUUAAAAGGGAUCGAGAAACACAUAGAGACCGAGACCGGGAUCGUGGUGUUAUCGAUUAUGACCGGGAUCGAUUUGACAGAGAUCGCCGACCCCGAGAUGAUAGGACUCAGUCGUAUCGAGACAAAAAAGACCAUUCUUCAUCCAGAAGAGGGGGGUUCGAUAGGCCAUCCUAUGACCGGAAGUCUGACCGACCAGCCUACGAAGGGCCAUCCAUGUUUGGAGGAGAACGAAGAACCUACCCAGAGGAACGAAUGUCCUUGCCAGCUCCUUCACUAAGCCACCAGCCACCUCCAGCUUCACGGGUUGAGAAGAAGCCGGAAUCUAAGAAUGUGGAUGACAUUCUGAAACCACCAGGCCGAGAGAGCAGACCUGAGAGAAUUGUUGUUAUAAUGAGAGGAUUGCCUGGCAGUGGAAAGACACAUGUUGCAAAACUCAUUCGAGAUAAGGAAGUAGAGUUUGGAGGACCUGCACCCAGAGUUCUAAGCCUGGAUGAUUACUUCAUCACUGAAGUAGAAAAAGAAGAGAAGGAUCCAGAUUCUGGAAAGAAAGUGAAAAAGAAGGUAAUGGAAUAUGAAUAUGAAGCUGAGAUGGAGGAGACCUACCGCACCAGCAUGUUCAAAACUUUCAAAAAGACUCUGGAUGAUGGCUUUUUCCCCUUUAUUAUCCUGGAUGCUAUUAAUGACAGAGUUAGACAUUUUGACCAGUUUUGGAGUGCAGCAAAAACCAAGGGUUUUGAGGUAUAUUUGGCUGAAAUGAGUGCAGAUAACCAGACUUGUGGCAAGAGAAAUAUUCAUGGAAGAAAGCUUAAAGAAAUAAAUAAGAUGGCUGAUCACUGGGAAUCUGCACCUCGUCACAUGAUGCGUCUGGACAUUCGUUCUUUGUUACAAGAUGCUGCUAUUGAAGAGGUAGAGAUGGAAGAUUUUGAUGCAAAUAUUGAAGAACAGAAAGAAGAAAAGAAAGAUGCAGAAGAAGAGGAAAGCGAACUGGUAGUUUUACUUAUCAAGAAAACCAAUUAAGUAUGAAAGGACAUUUUUACAUUCCAGCAGGUAUGUGAUGCAGCCUACACAACGUUGUAUAAUUGUCUCUUCUUUGCUACAAGUUGUCAAAAUUGAGUUUCUGUCAACUGAGGCAGAAGAAUUGUUAUUGAAUGAGGAGACUGAGAGUUGCCACUUACUGCUGGAUUUGUUCUCUGCAUUUUAUCCUUUUAAGUGAUGGGGGAAAUUAUUUGACUGUGUAGGCAAUGAAUUUUGCUUAGACUGAUUAGAGGCUUAUGUAGUGUGAUUUCUAAGUUCCUGUGUACCUACUGUAAAUACUUUUGAUCACACCUCUGUAGAAAUGUUUGCCUUACCUGUCAUUCAGGAAUAUACCACCGUAGAAUUAUGUGGACUUUUCAGUGUUUGCUGAUGAGUACAGUGAUCUGCAAUGCCUUGAAAUAGUGUUGCUUCUUUAAUCAAAAAUAUUGCUCAGUUUAUAUAAUACCUCAGCCUUUCCUAAAGCUGCCUCUCAUAUUCUUCUGAAAAUGUACAAAGUGAGACCCUAAUUCCUACCCUAAUCCCUACAGUAUACAGAGUCUCUAAGGAGUGGUCCCAUCAAACCAUGUGUGAUAUAGAGGACUCUCGAUAGAAACUGUGUGUUUAUGUAGUGAUGGCGUCACCCUCUACAUGCCUAGAUUUCAAAUGUGGAUUAAAAAAAUAAGCUUUAAAGUUAAUGGCAUUUGAGUCUCAGUAUUUUUUUUUAAACAGUUUUUUUUUUUAAGUUGUGUUUUGAUAUAUAUGAUCUAAAAUGUAGGCAGGAAAUUCAUGUAAAGGUCCACGCUGUUCCUGAAUAUGGCUAACGACUUCUUUAAUUACUUGCAGCGUGUGUACUAUAAAGUCAUAUGAGAAGUCUGUGAACUUUUAGCUUUCUAAAGCUUCGUCUUCUUUUGUGAAGAUUUCGGUUCAGGAAUUAGAUCAAAACAUCUGACUUGCUUAGGUGCAGGUCAAAGCUUGGAACUUUAAUUGAAUGUACUUUUUAAUUUUUAAAAGCAAAACACAUCGUAAUACUGUAUUUUUACAUCAGAGACCUGGCAAAGAAGUCUUAGAACUCUGCCUACUGGACUAUCUCUUCUAUUUCCAAAUGGCCUAUCGUUUCAAGAGAGCAGUGGGAGGAUAAUAGAGUUUAAAGGAAGAAGAGGGUGGUUCCAGCAGCGGGAAAUGAAUACAUUCAUUUUGCUUAUCUUUAUGUUUAAAACUUCUCUUAACUCAUUCUAAGAUUCAGAAUCCAGAUCUUCUGCUAUUGGGGUCUUUUCCAAGAGUAAAAGAUUCUUGGAGAAUUUUAACCAAAGGGUUAAGAGCAAGUUCAUGUCAUUCAGACUAUUUUAAUGGAACUCUCAGUAAACUUCACAUUUUCCACUCUGUACUGAUUAAAACAGCUGGGUGAAAUCCAAACUUUCCUUGAUUAAGAGAAUCCUUUCGGGGGAUCAUAUGUAUGAUAUUUUGCUUUCUUUAGUACUUCAGUGAACCUGGUAGAUAUGGCUCAGAGUUUAUAAAUAUAUUAUUUUAGUGAUGUUUAGGGUUUUCAGAUGAUUUUUGAGAUGUGAUUUGUACAAAUUUGAUUGAUAUUUUUAGCACCAUUACUUCAGCAUAGCUUGUCUUGUUUAUUUUAAAAACAUAUUUGAAAAAGAUAAUAUAAUUUAUAACCUGAAAUACUAUCUAAUAAAUUAAAAUUGAAUUAUUAGUUCUGGUUUAAAGAUUAGAAUUAUAUAAAAUCCGUAGGUUACCUAGAAGGAUGAUGAUGCUAUAGAAAACUCUUACCCAGAAACUAUUGCCCUGAAGCCUUCGACAGACGUUCUGACGUACCUGCGUGUCAGUCUGUUCUAUGAACUUAAACAUUCCCAACAAUGGAGGGAUAUAUUGACCCUUAAAAGAAGAUAUUGAUACCUUUGAUGAAUCAGUCCUAAAUAAUAAGUUUUAAUAUUAAAGCUUCUGUAUGUUAGGAAUUAAUUAAAAAAAAAAAAAAAAAACAGUCCGAAUUAAGGAAAAGAGAAAAAUCUCAAUAAAUCACAUGGAAAAGCAUACAUUUGCUAAGUGAAUAAACUGAAGGGGUUACUGGAUAGUUAAAUAGGUGCAUUGGGAAAUUUGAAAACUAUAUAUAGGAGUUUGAAAUAAACUACACAGUUAUUUUAUUAAAUGUAAGAUAUAAGUUGCGGAGAUGCCUGCAUUUUCAUAAAAUAAGAAAACACUAAUUUUAAGACACAUACAGUAUCAGAAACAAUAAUUUUCAGGUGAUUAAAGAGAAAUGCUCUGAAAUUGAUUCAGUAGAAUUAGCCUUUGUAAGAUGGACUGAGUCUUUUUAAAAUGAGGUGCACUUUAUAGUUGGGUUCAGUGAUACCGAGUUUUCUCCUUUCUUCUGAGUUUUUAAAAUUACAGUGGAAUAUAAAGUAACACUUAAAAAUGCUCUUUGAACCUCAUGGUUACUUUCACUUGAGAAUAGCAGUUGUAUUUAGAAAAUAACCUAGCUGGUAUAAAUCCUAUGCUACUCCGAAUGAUAUUAAUAUUAGCACAGUAACUACUUGUACAUUCUUAGCAUAUUUGCUAUACGGCUGUUGUUCAGACUGCGAGGGUGAGUCCUGCACUGUAGCUGCCUCACAGCGCCUUCCCGGUACUGUCCUGAAGUGACUGCUCUGAAAUCUGGCAGUCCAGUUUGGUGAAUUUGGUAAUUCAGUUUCUUCAAAGAUGAGACUGUGCUUUCCCUAAGGAUAAGUUUGUAACAGUGAGUGGAAACUGAAUCCAUUCCCAGUUUUAAUGCUUUUCCAGUUCAAAAGUGAUGUGCAUGUAUGUGUCUCUUUCUAACCCUUCGAGCUUCUCUCUGUGUACG